AUGUGGAAAAAAAUCAAAGACAAAGAUUACUUCCUAUCCUUCAUUCAAAGUCAUGAUUAUGAAAUAUGCGUCACAGAUUUCGUCUCUGUAUGGACUGCAACGUUUUCUGAAAAAGCUUUUAUAGCACAAUUGAAGAAUAGUAAUGAUGGACUGUUAUUGGAAAGUGAUAAAGAGUACAUAGAUAAUGGAUUGUAUUUACUAAAUAUUGGUAUAGAUACACUGAAGCAUGUUAGUUUAGAAGAGAAUGGUGACCACUUACUGUUGACUAUGAGGACAGUCAUUGAGUAUCCUUUUGGGUUUGAAUGUAAACUUUCCAAAGGCUCAAAUGAAUUUUUUUUCAAGAAAGUUACUCAACCUCUUUUGGAAGCUGUUAGCGAUUUGAAAUCAAGUGAACAUGGCCUUAUUCAAAUCCUAACAAAAAAGGACAAAGAAAUUAAAGCCUAUAAGCGGGAAUUGGAAAACAAAGAAAUUAUAUUUAGACAUGAAGUAACCAAAGCAUUUAGUAAUGCAGAACAUAAGAAAGUAUACAAGAUAUAUGAUAAAAUAUUUGGCUCUGAAACAAUACCAAAAAGUGUUUUACUAAGAUCGAUAAAAUUACCACAAAAACCACUAGCAGAGUCCAUUGUACCUGAUAUUCGAAGUAUCAAAAGAGAAGCAGACAGUAUAAAACAGGAACAAGAUAACAUAAAAAGAGAACCAGACAGCAUAAAACAGGAACCAGAUAAUACAACACAGGAAACAACCAGUAUAAAAGAAGAAUCAAGCAAAAUAAAACAAGAACAAUGCACUCCUGUUUUUGAAAAUCAAGAUUCACCAUUGGUCACAAAGCCCGCAAGUUGUAAGCAAGAUAUCAUCAAACCUGAGGGUAGUCAAACAAGAAGUAAUGAACGUAGAAAGAGACUAAAAUUGAGUUAUUGA